UCGCCGAGGUGCUCGCGCUUUAGCAACACGCUCGUAGCGCCACCACAGUGUGGCUGUCAAAAUACCUGGUUUUGCGUGAAGAAAAAAAAUUGGGAUCAAGAAAAAUGGAAAUUACAUCACAGACAAACGGUAUAACGGCGACCACACGCAAAAAGGAUGGCACAGACAUCAAGGAGAAUCUGUGGUCUGAAAUUUUGGGCGAAGUACAAAAGCAGGGCAGUACAAAGCUGCCAUCAAAUAAGUCGGUGCUCGUCGUUGGGGACAAUGCAUCCGGGAAGACGAGCCUCAUUGCUAAAUUGCAGGGUGUCGAGGACCCCAAGAAGGGAUCAGGCCUUGAGUAUGCCUACAUAGAUGUUCGCGAUGAGUACAGAGACGAUUUAACACGACUGGGAGUUUGGGUACUGGAUGGUGAUCCAGGGCAUACAAAUCUCCUGAAAUUCGCCCUGAAUGAGCAGAGCUAUGCACACACGUUGGUCAUUUUGGCUGUUUCAAUGAAUACCCCGUGGUCGUGGCUCGAUCAGUUGCAGCAUUGGUUGAAGAUUUUGGCUGAGCAUGUGGAUAAGUUGAAGCUGGAGACGGAGGAACGGCAGGCGGCACGACAGAAGCUCGUUACGGCAUGGCAGACGUACUGUGAGGCGGGUGAUGAUCUCGAUCCGGGAUCACCCAUGAAAAGGAGCACCAGACUGUCGUCGGCAGACGAUGAAUUGGAUGCGUUACCACUGCCCGAAGGGGCGCUCACUACAAAUCUAGGAUUGGACAUUGUAGUUGUUGUAACCAAGACUGACUACAUGACCACACUUGAGAAGGAAUUUGAUUAUCGAGAUGAGCACUUUGACUUUAUGCAGCAGUGGAUAAGGAGAUUUUGUCUGGCACAUGGUGCCUCCCUUUUCUACACAAGUGUUAAAGAAGACAAAAACUGUGAUCUACUUUAUAAAUAUUUAACGCAUCGAAUUUACGAUCUGCCGUUCCGGACACCGGCUCUUGUCGUGGAGAAAGACGCUGUUCUCAUUCCUGCUGGUUGGGAUAACUUGAAAAAAAUAAGUAUCCUGUACGAGAAUAUGCAGACCUGCAAACCCGAUGAUUACUACACGGAUGUCAUUGUGCCUCCUCCACAGAGGAAGACGGCAACAAAUCGAGAAGUUGAGGUGCAUCCAGAGGAUGAACAGACAUUCUUGGCGCGUCAGCAGCAACUGCUGCUGCAGGGACAGGCCCCAACACGUGGAGAGUCCCCAAUGAGGGGUCAACCGGGUGUUAAGGUGUCACCACGAACGCCAAUUACGGGGAGUCAGGGAUCACCUAAUAAGAAGAUUGAUGCCAAACUGACGCCAGGGACGCCUGGUGGGGAGGGAGUCUUGGCGAAUUUCUUCAAUUCAUUGCUGAAUAAAAAAUCUGGAUCUCCGGGUGGGCCUGCAACGGGUGGGGAAAUGGGUACCACUCCACGGAGUCCAGAUGUGAGUGGGGCUACAAGACAGCCACCAAAUGGCAUGGAAGAGGGUACAACUGGGGAUAAGUUGAGUGUACGAACAGAUGCAGCCGCGGAACUCGAUCGAUUGACGAGAAAUAUGAGAUUGUGAGUGGGAAGAGGAGCACAAUAUCCAGCAAAAAUUGCUGCUGAUUAAAAGGAAAAUAUUCCUCUGACCACAAGAGUUGAAGGGAAGAGGAAGAAAACGUAAUGAAGGGACAUUCUGAUAUUCCAAAAAAAAAAAGAAAAGAAACAGAAGAUAAUGGAAGGAUAAGUUGGAGGAGUUUCUUCUCAAUUUCUCGGGUUUUUCUUUCAUUUAAUUUAAAAAAAAAAAACCUACUACUGCUGCCCUUUCUACGAAAGGCUCUGCGUGGUUCCUGCAGUUGCCGCUGUUUCUGUGCAAUUUAUUAAUAUUUUAUUUUAAUUAAUUUCUGUAAAAGAACAAAAUCGCGAUGCCCAGUUAAAGAUGAAAUUAUUCUAAAGCAAAAAAAAAGCCUUCCAAAUGUUUAUUUUGUGUCUGUAUAGAUUAGAGAGAUUGUUGUUUUUUAUUUUGUUUAAAGAGAGCCAUUUUCCCCUCUUCCUCCGCGCCUCACCCCCUCCCCAAAUUCCCACAGGGGAAAAGGAGAUUCGGAUGAAAGGGCAAUGCGUGGGAGAAGACCGAUUGAGUGUAGAGGAGAGAAUUAUGUGUAUAAAGAUAAAAAAGAAAAAAAAGAAAACUUAACUCGUUUAGAUGAAGAAUUAAAAUGAAGAAAGAAUCACAGCUAAAAAAAAUGGGGAUAAUAAAAAGAAGAAAAAUAAAAUGAUAAAGAUUUAAUUAUAAAGUGCUGCUAAAAAGUAUUUAUUUUCGAGUAAUUACAUUACAAUAAUUAUAAAUAUAUUAAUAAUAUUUUGAGAGCGAGAGCGAGAGAGCGUGUGGAGAGGAAAUUUAACAUGAUUUUACAAUUUAAUGUUAGAUGGAGAGAUAAAUUUAAUUUAUUUUUUACUAUUUUUUAUUUCUCAAAAUAAUCCUUUCUGUCCAUACGAAAAAAAGUUUUUUUUUAUAAGCUCUGUCUUGAUAGCCAUUCAUGAGUCUCUGAAUCAUUUUUCAUCAUAAUUUUUUUUGGCUAAAAUGAAAAUUUCUUAACUUUUGCACACAAAAUCUUUGCACAAAAAAAAAUUUGCAUCAUUUAGUAACUUUUCAAAUAGAAUAUUUAAUAAAAAGAAAAAUUAACAAUGCCGAGAAAGUCUUUUUCAUUGCAAAUUAAUUUCUAUUUUCAUCUAUUUUUUUCAUUUUGUAAAAAGAAAUUUUCGAAAUAUUGAUACUCUUCCCUCAAGACAAGAAUAAUUAACAUGAAAGAAUACUUAUUAAUGAAAAACAAAAAAAUAUUUGUGCUUUGAUUGGUGAUUUCUUUGGUGGGAAAGUCACCGCAAAAAAUUAAUGUAAAAAAACUAUAGCAAAUUGAGAAAAUAAAAGAGAACCACAACUCA